GGAACAAAAGUCUGGGGCUACAGUGGACCUAGUAAUGACGAUAUCAACAGCUUGGAGCGGUCAAUUCAGCACAUCCUUGAUACCCUUGAACAAGAUGGUCCUUUUAGCGGCAUGGUGGGAUUUUCCUCGGGUGCCGCUAUGCCCGCCAUCGUUACUUCAAUGCUGGAGAAAAGGCAAACUGUUUGUGGAAUCCCGUGGGCGAGACGCUAUUCGCAGUUACAAUUCGCAAUAUGUCUUAGCGGGUUCAAGCUACAGAAUAAGUGCUAUGAAGCUUUCUAUUUCCCUAACAUUGUGACUCCAAUGUUCCACGCCGUCGGCGAGUUGGAUCCAACGGUGCCUCUCGCAUAG